AUGAACCUUGUUCGCUUCACGGCGUAUUAUCUCGAGCUUUGCGACCAGGUCAAUGAUCUUUCCGAUGGCCAUUGGAAUACCUUUGAUGGUGUAUCACAGAUUUACGCAACCGCUAUCGAGAAACGUCGCGACGCUCACAGCAAACCUCUGGGAUGGGACGUUCGAGACGAUGAGCCAAGUCUCAAGACCACCUUCAACACUGCCCAUGAAAAGCUGCAGAAAUUUUCCCUCAUCUUCAAAGACUUCAUCAACAAGCCUGAAAGGCACUACAUGGAUACUUACGGCAUGAUUUGA